CCCAGUCGAGUUGACCUCCUCUCCCCACAAUUCCCCACCAUCUCGUCUCCUGCUGCGCGCGUGCCCUUGUUAUCUCCAUUGACAGACCCCAAACUCGAUUUCUUCCCCUCCUUUCUCCCAUAUAGAUAGCCCCGGCCGGCCCCUAGAUUUCAUAUCGCAUGCGUACAAACCGCAGGCUAACCAGCCUGCAGAGACCACAGAUCGGUCGAGGAAGUAGCCAACUAGCUAGUAGCUAAGAUGAUCGGGGGAGAGGGGAAUCCGUAUUACUUACAGAACCAGCUGUUCCACCACGGCCACGCGGCCCUCCAUGGCAUGGAAGGCGGCGGCUUCCAUGCCAUCGAGCCGCCGCCGGCCUCCGACUCCGCCGCCGACGCGCUGCUCUACAACCUGUCCGUGCUCAGGGACAAGGUCCAGCAGCUGCAGCCGCUCGUCGGCCUCGCCCUCGCGCACGACGGCCCCGGGCCAGUCGCCGCCGCGCCCGGCGCCGGCGCCGCCAUCCAGGAGAUCAUCGCCGCCGCCUCCUCUAUGAUGUACGCCUUCCAGCAGCUGUGCGGCCACGGCCACGGCCACGGCGGCGCGGCUACUGCGUCCGCUAACAACGCCGCGCAGCAGGCCACGCAACAGGGCGGGGCUAACAUCGUCGCCGUCGCCGACAACCACGGCCGCAUGGCUGACACUGCGGCUACCUUCGGCGACCACCAUCAGCACCAACAGGCGCCCGUCACCGACCAUGUCAUGCAGCAGCAGUGGCAGCAGCAGCAGCACCACUGCUAUGGCGGCGGCUACGGCCGGCGUAUCCACGAUAGCAAGAUGACACCCGUAGCUGCGGCGGUGGCCAUGCCAUCGUCAUCACAUUCUAAGCCGAUGACGACGGCCGUGGCGGGGAUGGCCAAGGAAGAGGUCGCGGCCGGCACGAUCAUACAGCUGGAGGCGGCAGAGCUGCUGGCCAAGUACACGCACUAUUGCCAGGUGUGCGGCAAGGGGUUCAAGCGCGACGCCAACUUGCGCAUGCACAUGCGCGCGCACGGCGACGAGUACAAGAGCAGCGCGGCGCUGGCGAACCCGGCCAAGGCCGCAGUCGUCAGAAACGCCACGGCAGCGCCGUCGAGCGGCGCCGCCACCACCAGGUCGUUAUACUCGUGCCCGCACGAGGGCUGCCGCUGGAACCGGAAGCACGCCAAGUUCCAGCCGCUCAAGUCGGUGAUCUGCGCCAAGAACCACUACAAGCGCAGCCACUGCCCCAAGAUGUACGUCUGCAACCGCUGCAACCGCAAGCACUUCUCCGUGCUCUCCGACCUCCGCACCCACGAGAAGCACUGCGGCGACCACCGCUGGCUCUGCUCCUGCGGCACCUCCUUCUCCCGCAAGGACAAGCUCAUCGGCCACCUCGCGCUCUUCAGCGGACACCAGCCCGCAGUGCCGCUCGACAGGCAGGCCAACGGCGGCGACAGGAGGUCGUCGUCGAUGUCGCCGUGGACGACGCAGCUCGGUACGUAAUAACGGCAUUUGGGAUCCAUCGGAAUUGAUGAUGAGAAGGUGCAAUAAUGCACUGCCUAUAUAUCAGGCAAAAAGACUCAAAUUGACACAUGAGUUUGGUUGCUGUCUUCCUUAUCUUGAAAAAUGAAAUGGGCGAAACUGCAAUCAAACUCAUGCUGUUGCUGUUCGUGUGUAGAUCGAUCGACACAUAUACAGAAGUGUAAUUAUGGAUUAGUAGUGUUCGAUUAAAUGGUGCUGAGAGGAUCUCCAA